ACAAUAUGAAAUUAAAUUCUUAGUGUGCCUCCCUGCAGGCACACCCAGGAGUUUACAGGUUGUGACUUGAAGAUCAGCACUGGCUCUUCAACUUGUGUGGUUGCAACCAGGAUCCAUAAGCAGUGAGGCUCCAGAAGUUGUUGUUUUGUGCCUGUAUCUUUGGAUAUGGGCUCUGAGUGUGACCCGUGUUCUGCCUUUCAGCCUGGAGAUAGGUUGUGUCUGAUUGCUGCCCCAGUGCCCAUCACUCUCAGCAUCAGUCCAGAUGCGUCUGCUGGAACAGUGUGAGCAUCUCUUCUAGGCUCAUUUCCCUACCCAGAGCCUACCUUGGUCUGCCAGUUAUUUAAGAUGGAUUUUGCUACUGAUUUGUCUCAGUAGGGGAGAGGCAAGAGUCAUCUACCCAGUUAGUUUUUACUUUGUAUGAUUGUGUGUGCACAUGCACUAGAUGAGGCAUUUAAAGGACUAGAUUCCCCACGGCAUCCUUGAGUAGAUGUGGGACCUGCCCUGACACUGGAGGAAACAUCUCCAGGCAGAGUCAGAGCCCCCAGCAGGCACAGGCUUCUGGCUGCCUUCAGCCCUUCAGCCUGAAACACUACCUGAAUGUUGGUUCCCUCUUGUAAUCCUCCCAUCUCCAACCUCAUUUUCAGCUAUCAGGUCUGGGAAGGUGUGCAGUGUUGGAGCAGGGAAGGGAUGCAGUGGAUUGAGAAGGAUUUCUGGGUGCGCUCCCAAUUUUCCAUCUCCCAGGCACAACAGCGUGUUCUGCACGCUCAGCCAAGUGUGUGCAGUGUCCCUGAAAUGGGAGGGAGCCUUUAAGGAGGCUGCCUGACUUCCUCUGCAGCACUCCCUGGCAGCCUGGCAAAGUGGGCUAAAUUCAGAAGUGACCUAGAAGGAGGAGGGGGCUUGGAAACAUCACUUGGCCAGUGUAAAAAUGGAGGAACAAACCUGGGACCCCAAGGUAAAAUGGAAGAUCACAAUAAGGAAUUUAACCAGAAGGUUUCUGCAGUUGAAUUUAUCCAGUCUUGAAGUCCAGGGUAAGUUAUGCUGCUGCUCCCACCUAGCUCGCUCACCACAGCACAGAAACUACAAGAAGCACUAGCUCAUGUGUCCUUUAAAAUGUGAUUUAUGGCGUGCCUGAAUUUGAUCCACCAGCUCAUGUCUGAGGAUGGCUCCUCUGGGUUUGUCAUAUCUCACUGUAGGGCUGAGUCAGCUUUCACUUCACUUGCAGUGACUUCCCUCUGGCUAAAUAAGCUUGGAUCAUGUCAAGGAAAAAGAACUUUGCCAGGUAUCAACUGAUUCUUCAAGACUUUAAACUGCAUGGUACGAGGUUUUAGGGCACUGCAUCUCUUUUUGAUACCUACUCUGAGGUAAGAGAAGGGGAAACUCCACUGGAAUUAAGGGAUGCACACCAGAGCAGGCUGUGUGGUCACAGCAAGCCGUGGCAGCCCUUUCUUCCCAUUUCAAGCAGUUUUGAAUGGGGGCUUAACUGCUUUUUGAUUUAAUCAACUGCAAGAGAUAAUCCCAACAGUGAAAAAGAGAGAUUCUGGCCUAAAGCACAGUGAUUGGUGAGUGCCAUCCCUCUCUUUUGUGCCUGAAGGGUCUGUAAGGCCGUUCUUCACCCCAUCUAACACAAGAUAUGAAUUCCCCUGAUGGAGAUCUCUCUUGACCUCAGAUCCUGUUUGGUCCUUGCUCUCUUUUAAAAUGAGUCAGCUGAUGAAGAAAGAUGGGAAGUUAACCAGGAGCCUCAUCUGUGACACAUAUGGAAGUCCUGAUGGAAAAAUGUGACCCAGCUUCCCAUGUUUCAUCCUCAUCCAGAAGUGAGAGAAGGAAGGUUAAGCAGGUCCCUCGACAUGGGGAACACAAGCAGCGAGCGGGCGGGGCUGGAGCGUCAUGGACACAAGGGAACCCGAGGGGACGGCGCGGGAGGAGCCAAGGAGGGGGAGCGGCCAAAGAUCCUCAUGGACAGCCCUGAGGAUGCAGACUUGUUCCACUCGGAGGAAAUGAAGGCUCCAUUGGAGAAAGAAGAAUUCCUGGCUUGGCAGCAGGACCUGGAGGUGAACGAUAAAACCCCCACUCAGGCUCGGCCCACGGUGUUUCGCUGGACUGGAGGAGGGAAAGAAGUUUAUCUGUCAGGAUCCUUCAACAACUGGAGUAAAAUUCCUCUGACAAGGAGUCACAAUAACUUUGUGGCCAUCCUGGACCUGCCAGAAGGAGAGCACCAGUACAAGUUCUUUGUGGAUGGGCAGUGGACACAUGAUCCUGCAGAGCCAGUAGUAACCAGCCAGCUGGGUACUGUCAACAACAUCAUCCAGGUGAAGAAAACUGACUUUGAAGUAUUUGAUGCUUUGAUGGUGGACUCCCAGAAAUGUUCAGACAUGUCUGAGCUGUCAAGUUCACCCCCAGGACCUUAUCACCAGGAGCCCUAUGUUUGCAAGGCAGAGGAGCGCUUUAAAUCACCACCCAUUCUCCCCCCACACCUGUUGCAGGUCAUCCUGAACAAGGACACAGGCAUUUCCUGCGAUCCCGCUCUGCUCCCUGAACCCAACCACGUCAUGUUGAACCACCUCUACGCGCUUUCCAUCAAGGAUGGAGUGAUGGUGCUCAGUGCUACACAUCGUUACAAGAAGAAAUACGUGACUACUUUGCUGUACAAGCCAAUAUGAGCAUCGUAGUUGUUUGUGACCAAUCGUUCUGGGCCAGUGCAGUCUCAGAAAAAAAAUGCUUCACUUAACCAAACAUACUUCUGCUCUGUGCUGUAGCAAAUGAACUCUGAUUUCAUAUUGUUUCUGAGACUUCCAGGUUCUCCUGUAUUUGCCUUAUUUUCCUAGUACCACCUUGGAAGUUCUUGGAAAUGGCAGCUUCAUGGCAACUAGACAGGUGGCAAAGGUGUCAGUGCCCGUUGUCAGCUCAGUUAAAAAACCACCAGUUUAAUUAGGCUGAAAAAAGUGAGGGCAGCAACAGAUCAAAGAGCUUUAGCAGCGAGGCAGACUCUGAGUCUGUCAGCCCAAAGUCUAGAAAGUUCAGGAUUCUUGUGGAAUCUGAUUUGAGCAUAACACUCAGCAAAAGCAAGCUUAUUACUGCUUCCGUAACUCAUCAGACACAAUCAUUUCAGUAGCAAGUUCCAAACUUGCAUGGCUGAAGUAAGUGUGAAUAUUGAUGAUCUGGUUUUGUAGCAGCCUUUUCUGGGCAAAAUCAGCAACAUAAUCACCUACAAGCUCGUUACGUUUUUACGGUAGACUGGGGUGCACGGUUUCUACUGUGAAUAGCUCUGUAGUUUUUCUCUUCAGGAGAACUGAAAUACUUUUCCCCUGUGGAAUUUCUGGUAAAGACAAUUGUUUUUAAUGGCUGGAUUUUUCUGUAAAUCGUCAGUGUGUCUUGGCAGUAAUCUGCUUUUUGAAACCGGUUUCUCUUGCUGUCACUGAUGAGGACUUCCUUAAGCUGGGGUAGGUGGCUGUAAGGAAAUGGAUGGAUUCAGUUUAGGAAUUAGUUCCUCAGUAAGAGCCUGAAGGUGACUGUAAGUGUCCUGUGUCCCAGUGGCCAAACUUGCCCCUCAGUGUCUGCAGUUGCAGCGUGUUGGCUGCAGCAGCACCGCAGCCCUCUGUGCCAGGGCUGGAGCUGGGCAAUUUUUUUAUUGUUUCUGUUUUCUGAGUGUUCAUAAUAAUGCCAGGCUGCCCACACAGCCUGUUUUAUCCCAAAACAAAUGCAACAGUAAUGCAAACCUGCUGCCAGUGUGCUCCAGGCCUGCCCGGGGUGGGCCCUGCUGGGCCCUUCCCUUGGCUGGUGUUGGUGCCUGGGGCACCGUGACUGUGCCAACGAUAACCAGCCCCAUCCCACUGUGGGGGGAGAGCCCCCUGCACAAAUCUGUGAGGAGUCUGAGGGGCCAGAGCUGCAGCAGAGUGGAGCCAGCCACAGCACGAGGCUGGAUUGCCAUCCUGGGGUCUGUUCACCAGCCUUGUUGCAAUAUCUCCUGUAGCAGAGUUAGACCUGGGUCCAGUGCAAUGGUUUUCUCUGAAAACUCUUCUCUUCAUUCUGUGCUAUGGAUAGGAUUUGGUAUUCUGAACUACAGAAUUGCUUUUGUUUUCAGCCUCUUUAGAAACAAAUAAAACAUUUUCAAGAGAA